CUGGCAGAGGACAGAGACCCGAGCCAGGGCAGUGAGACGGCAUCGAAGGAGGCCAGCAGAACAGGACCGGCCGUGAACAAGAAGCCGGACGGGAAAGACAGACCCCCCCCAGCACCCCCUCAGCCAAGUGGGAUCUUCAGGAUGGUCAAAGCCCAGACGCAGGCAGCCCCCACGCCGGCCACUCCGAUGGCAGCUGCAGAAGACCUGCCCCUCCCCGCACCCCCAGGCCUGGAGGAUCUGCCGCCACCGCCCCCCAAGGAGUCCUUCUCCAAGUUCCACCAGCAGAGGCAAGCCAGCGAGCUCCGCCGCCUGUACAGGCACAUCCACCCUGAGCUCCGCAAGAAUCUGGCCGAGGCUGUGGCUGAGGACCUGGCCGAGGUCCUGGACUCUGAGGAGCCCACCGAGGGUGAUGUCCAGUGUAUGCGCUGGAUCUUCGAGAACUGGCGGCUGGAUGCCAUCGGGGACCGUGAGAGGCCGCCUGCCAGGGAGCCCGUGUCGGGCGGGGACGUCCAGGGUACCUCCCGCAAAUUUGAGGAAGGCUCCUUUGCCAACAGCACAGACCAGGAGCCUGCAGGACCCCCGCCAUCCGGAGGGGACGUUCGUGCAGCCCGCCGGCUGUUUGAGACAAAACCGCUGGAUGAGCUGACCGGCCAGGCCGAGGCGCUGGAGGCCCCGGUGAGGGAGCCCGAAGCCAGCGGGGAUGUCCAGGGUACCAGGAUGCUCUUUGAGACGCGGCCGCUGGACCGCCUGGGCUCCCGCCCCUCCAUCCAGGAGCAGAGCCCCCUGGAGCUGCGCUCAGAGAUCCAGGAGCUGAAGGGCGACGUGAAAAAGACAGUGAAGCUGUUCCAGACAGAGCCACUGUGUGCCAUCCAGGACGCAGAGGGUGCCAUCCACGAGGUCAAGGCUGCGUGCCGGGAGGAGAUCCAAAGCAACGCGGUGAGGUCUGCCCGCUGGCUCUUCGAAACGCAGCCUCUGGACGCCAUCAACAGGGACCCCAGCCAGGUGCGGGUAAUCCGGGGGAUCUCCCUAGAGGAGGGGGCCCGGCCUGACGUCAGCGCAACCCGCUGGAUCUUUGAGACACAACCCCUGGACGCCAUUCGGGAGAUCUUGGUGGACGAGAAAGACUUCCAGGCAUCCCCAGACCUUAUGCCUCCUGGUCCAGACGUCCAGCAACAGAAGCAUUUGUUUGAGACCCGAGCAUUAGACACUCUCAAGGGGGACGAGGAGUCUGGGGCACAGCUCCCACCCAAAGAGGAAGUAGUCCCUGGCGAUGUCCGCUCUACCCUGUGGCUAUUUGAGAUGAAGCCCCUGGACACUCCUAGAAACAAGGUCCAAGUGGGUCACCUGCAGCGAGUGGGUUCCCGGGAGCAGGAAGGGCUCACGUCUGAGCAUCUAUACAGUGAUGGCUCCUCAGCUCUGUCCCUCUCUCAGAGUGCUCCCCAGAGGGAUGGCGUGAAGGGGGACGUGAAGGCCUUCAAGAACCUUUUUGAGACCCUUCCCCUGGACAGCAUUGGGCAAGGUGAGCCUUCGGCCCAUAGGAAUGUGAGCAGAGCCGAAGGAAAGGAUUCUGCUGGGCAGUCCCAGGACAUAGGGUCCCCGGUGUAUGCCAUGCAGGAUGGCAAAGGCCACCUCCAUGCCCUGACCUCUGUCAGCAGAGAGCAGAUAGUUGGAGGCGACGUGCAGGGCUACAGGUGGAUGUUUGAGACACAGCCCCUGGACCAGCUAGGCAGAAGCCCCAGUACCGUGGACGUGGUGCGGGGUAUCACCCGGCAGGAAGUGGUGGCCGGAGAUGUAGGCACGGCCCGGUGGCUCUUUGAGACCCAGCCCCUGGAGGUCAUCCACCAGCGGGAACGGGAAGAACGCCAGGAAGAAGAAGGAAAGAGUCAGGAAGGUCCCCAGCCUGAGGCACUCCCAAAAGGUGAUGUGCGGACCAUCCGGUGGUUGUUUGAGACCUGCCCGAUGAGUGAGUUGGCAGAGAGGCAGGGGUCAGAGGUCACAUACCCCACAACGGAGGCCGAGGCUCGGUCCUGCACCUGGAUGUUUGCACCCCAACCCCUGGACAGGCCAGAAGGCUCGAGGGAGCGGCACCUGCAGGUCAGCCAGAUGCAGGCUGGGGCCAGACAGACAGAAGGGCAUGUCUUUGAAACGGAGCCUCUGCAGGCCUCGGGCCGUCCCUGUGGAAGAGGGCCUGUGCGCUACUGCAGCCGCGUGGAGAUCCCUUCGGGGCAAGUGUCUCGGCAGAAGGAGGUCUUCCAGGCCCUGGAGGCAGGCAAGGGGGAAGACCAGGGGCCCAGAGUACUCCCCGAACCCAUCCCUGUGGGCUCUGUGCACAAGUUCACCUGGCUCUUUGAGAACUGUCCCAUGGGCUCCCUGGCGGCCGAGAGCGUCCGAGGGGGCAACCUCCAGGAGGAGCAGCCCACGGGCCCCUCAGGCAACAAGGCGCUGGAGAGGCAGGAGACUGCGGCUGAGGGCACCCUGAAGGCUUUGCACACUGUGCCUGGCAUCCUGCACCAUGGAGGCAUCCUCAUGGAGGCCCGGGGGCCAGGGGAGCUCUGCCUGGCCAGGUACGUGCUCCCAGGCCCAGGGCAGGGGGCACCCCACGUCCGGAAGGAGGAGCUGGUGUCUGGCGAGCUUCCCAGGAUUGUGCGCCAGGUGCUGCGCCGGCCAGAUGUGGACCAGCAGGGGCUGCUCGUUCAGGAGGACCCGGCGGGCCAGCUCCAUCUGAAGCCACUGAGGCUGCCAGCUCCGGGCGGCGGCGGGGAUGUCGAUGACGUGGAUCCCGAGUUCCAGCAGCUGCUGGCUUGUGGCCUGGGGGCCUCAGUCGCGAGGACCGGGCUGGUGAUGCAGGAGACUGAGCAGGGGCUGGUCUCACUGACCGCCUACUCCCUGCAGCCCCGGCUGACCGGCAGGGCCCCUGAGAGGGGCAGCGUGCAGCUGCUGGCCAGCUGCAUCGACAAAGGAGACCUAAGCGGCCUGCACAGUCUGCGGUGGGAACCACCAGCUGAUCCAGGUUCCGUGCCCACCAGCGAGGGGGCCCAGAAGCUGCGCCCAGCUGAGAACAUCAUCCAUGUGCCCCCUCUGGACCCCAGCAUGGCGAUGGGGCAUCUGAGAGGCCCGGGGAAGGCGGUCCCUCUGGCUGGGGAAGGGAAGCGGGAAGAUAGCCGCCCUGGACACAAAGGGAUAGCAGCUGCGGGAGAGUCGGAAGGAACCACAGCUAGGCCCCUGGGGCCUGGGGCCCCAGACCUCCGGGCCGCCAUGCAAAAUCUGCGGGUGGCCACCGCCGAGGCCCAAAGCCUGCACCAGCACGUUCUGAGCAAGCACAAGGAGGCCUCCACCCCUGGAGCCACCUCCGCACCCUGUCAGGAUGGUCAGCGGCAGGCAUCGGCUGCGGCCACCGUGGCUGCCCAGAGCACCGCUGGGCCUAUGGCUGGAGGUGACCCCAGGAUCCCAGCAGCCCCCAGAAAGCUGCUGUGACAGGACCCGACUUCGCAGCCCAAGCCCGCCGCGAUGAGGACUGUAUCCGGCAGGACUCCGAGGCCCUGAGGGCCCCCCUUCUUCACUCCCACAGCAGCCCUGCCA